AUAAAAUAUGAAUGUAAAAUAAUUUGUGAAAGAAAAUCUUGAUUGCUAGAUAAAGAAAACAGAUUUUUAAGAUGUAAAAAAAAGCUUCUAAUUUAAAAUAUUUUGUAUAUUUCAAGUAUACAUACAUAUCUACAUGUUACAUAGUAAAGUUCCUUUAAAUCGUCGUGAAGUGUAGAGAAUUCAAUGAUGAUUUCUGAAAAUACAACCAUCUGAUUCAAUCCAUCUCAUAAAAAACGCAUAGAGAGAAAUUUUUUGAAGCAUAAAUGUUUAGUUGGAAUUAACGUGUGGUCUUGUAAACAUUGUAAAAAGAAAUUUAUCCGUGGAAUAUUUUUUUUUAUAACAAGAUAUACCUAGUAUAUAAAUAGGUAUUAUAUACAUACAUAUAUAUAAGUGAUUUUAUGUUUUGAUUAUUUUUUUUAUGACUUCUUGUUUCUUUCCUUUUAAAGAUGAAGUUUACAUUUUAGUUAAAAUAAAAUAAAAGCAAAAAGAAGAAAAGUGAAUAGAAAAAUCAAUAAUCUUGAAUCCUUGACAAAAAAGACAAAGAAUAAUGUUGAAUAGUUAAAACCGUAAAUUUUCUACUUUUAUUAUAAUGAUGAUGAUUCAGUUGUGUCGUUUUAAUUGAAAAAUCAAUUUUAUUUUAAGAAAUUUUUUAACAAAAUUUUUAAUAUCUACCUAAUAGAUACAGACCAAAACAAACAAAAUAGAUUCCUACAAAAAUUUAUUUUGACGAAAAUUGAGAAGAUUUAUUUUGUAAUACCCCAAUUUCAAGUAUCCAUUUAGUGCCCGUAUGUCAUUGAUGACAAAUAUUCAUACAUACAUACAUUUAUGUUCAUAAAUGUCGAUGUUUCAUAUUCAAAACAUAAAAAAUAAAUUGUAAUUGCAAUAAUUACAAUAAAAAAAAUAUACAAUAAAUUUUGUAUAAAAGAUGAGUGUCGUCAACUGAAAAUGUUAAAAAAAAAAAACAAAUUUAUAUUCAUAUAAAUAAAAAUAAUAUAUUUUUUUAUAAAUAAAAAUCAAACUAAAAUAACAAUACAAAAAUUUUAUUAAAAAAACCAAAUAAAAUAAGUAAAGAUCAAAUAUUUUUUUGACCAAAAAUAAUUUCAUACUACUAUACUGAAUAUGCCUUCUUUACGUCAAAAAGUUACAACAUAUUUUCGACAAUUAAGUUUUAUAGCUGAUCCUCGUGAAGGUGGUGGUGGCGGUACUGGUAGCAAUCAUGGCAGUAGAUCAGGUUUACUAAGUUCAAGGAAAGCUAACGAUGAUGACGGGAAUUUUAUUAUUAAAUAUUUGGAAAAUCGCACAGAACGAACAUAUAUUGAUCCUGGACCAGAUAUAAUAUCUGGACAUGAACCACAUGAGAUGCCAGAUUUACCAAUUGCCCCUUAUCCAACUGGUCCAUCAACAAUAACGGCAGCCUGUACUGGACCAGAUGAUGGUUUAACUGGUAUUAAACGUUCAAAAUUACAUUUAAGUGCUGGUUCGGAUAUAGAUUUUAUUGAUACUAUACAAGAACAAGAUAUUGAAAUACGUAAAAGUAUAAGUAAUCACAAUAAAUUCAAAUUUAAUUAUUCGAAUUCCCAAAAAAAUCGUAAUAGUAGUAAUAAUACCGCCACUUCAAACACUGGUAAUAUUAGUGGUACUGAAAAUGUUACUUCAGAUCAAAAUGCAAAUAAAACACCAAGAUCAAGAAAAAAUUCUCGUUCAAGUAUAAAUGCAUUUGGUACAUCAACUGCAAAUGCAACAUCUAAUACAACAACAGUUAAUAGUAACAAUAUUCAUGAUACUAGCCAACAAAAUAAAGAGGAAGAAAAUAAAAAUUCUGAAAUGGAAAUAAUUACCACCGAACAAAAAUUAAAUAAAGAUGAUAAUAAAAAGCAACCAACUACUAUUUAUGUUAGUAUGAUUAGUACUAGUAAUAGAAAUUCACCAAAAACUCCGCAAAAAACAUCACAACAACAGCAAUUAAAAUCCAAUAACAGUAAUAAUAUAACAAAUAGUAGUAUUUUAAAGACUGAUGGAGUUAUUAAUACAACAACAGUUGUAUACGGUUCAGAAAAUGUAAAUAUAUCAACGACAACAACAACUAUUACUUCAUCGCUCUUAAAUAAUUCUGCAACUGAUAUACUUACAAAAACAAAUAAUACUAGUGUUGAAAAAGAAAAUGAGGUCCCAAAUACAAAUAUUUUAGAUAUAAAACGCAAUAAUUUGUCAUCAACAGAAGAAAAAGAAAACUGGAACAAUCACAUUUUAGGUGGCCGUACAACAGAAAGUGACACAAUUGCUGGUGUUUCUAAUUGGAAAAUGGAAUCAGAACAUGCAUAUGGUAUAUCAGUGUCAUUGUAUGAACAUAACAUGUUAACCAAAGAGCCAAUGGGAUCCCCUAUUGCUGACUGUUAUGGAAUGGUUGUAAGAGGAAAUGCUUGUGCUAUGGCAAUGGCUGAUGGUGUGAACUGGGGUGAUGGUGCUAGAUUAGCUGCUAGGUCAGCUGUACAUGGUAGUUUAGAUUAUUUAGAUACCGCAAUAUUUGCAUUCUCACAAGAAUGUGCUGCAACUUCAACAAAGGAUGUUUUUAUUAGUCUAUUUCGGGCUUUAUGGGAAGGGCAUGAUUGUAUUUUAGAAGUUGGAGGGGCAUUAAGCACUCUGACUAUAGCAGUUAUUUUGCCACUGAGUGGUGAUCAGUACAAUGGAAAAUAUGUUGUUUGUGCCUGUAAUGUUGGAGAUUCUUUGGGUUAUAUAUAUUCCAAAAAAUAUGGUGUAAGAGAAUUUACUCAAGGAUCUCAUGACAUCACUUCAAUGCGUGAUAUGCGUGAUGCCUUAGGUGCUCUUGGUCCUGUUGAUGGCAACAAACCAGAAUUAAGUAACUUAACACUAUCAAUGACAAUCGUGGAAGCAGGGGAUAUAGUUUUUUUAACAUCAGAUGGUAUCAGCGAUAAUUUUGAUCCAGUUGUUGGAAAAUUUGCGGAAGCAUGGUCCACUGAAACAAAAGUUCGAUCAUAUGACUUACAACAACGGCAAAAAUUAGCUCCUAAAAGACAAAAUCGUAGUGCUGCUGCCGUUUGUUCAAAUACUACAACACAUAACAAAAGUAAUGAAAAACUUGCAUCGACAGGACAAGCAUCACAACAACAACAGCAGAACUCAUCAGCUAAAUCUACUCAAAAUUCUAAUGUACCAAUACGCCCACAAAGAACUAAACAAAAAUCUUCCAGUCCUUCUUCGUCUUCAUCAGCAUCAAAUAAUCCACUUGACAAAUCCGCCAGUUUAUCAAAUGUUCCAAGUCGUCCAAAAUAUAUGAGAUCUCAUACAGUUAUAGAGCCACGUAUUAUAAAAAGUAGUCAUCAUUCAAGAAUACCACGUUCUGCAGCUGGUCUGCCAUUAGUAACUGGACCCCAAAGGCAUGCAUUAACACUCUUACGUCUAGAAGAUUUAUUAAGUUAUGGUAUAAAUGGUCAAUUAUGCCCAUGUCCGUCCGCCAGAAGGCUUUGUCAUCUACUUGUUGACUUUGUUCGUAUGAUAACAUCAGCUAGACGUAAAACAUUAGAGCAAAGAGAAUUAUUUUAUAAAUUGGUUACUGGUCCCGAUGGUAUUAAACGAGAGGUUGAAAUGACACGUAUACAACACAGAUCCGGACGUAAGCGUGUUGUUGACAGUAGCACAUUUAGUACUUUACCUGGAAAAUUAGAUCAUGCGUCUGUCGCCGCUUAUACAGUUGGAUCUGGUUUGCAAGCUAAAGAAUUUAAGGAAACAAAUUUUUAAACUAAAAAAAAUAUUAUACAUAUAUUUAAUAUAACAAUAAUGCAUUUUAAAACAAAAAAAAACAAAGGUUAACACAUUUAUUUAAAUAAUAGAUAACUGAAGAAAAGACAGGUUUUUGUUGCAAUUUUUUGUUUGUUUGCCGUUUGUUCAAAGCUUUUAGUUGAUAUGCAUAUUUAAUAGCAUAAAUGGCUAAGGUUUAUCUUAAAAUAAUAUCUUGAAAUCAUAUUUUAUCAUAUCAUUUUCUAUGUUAUCUUAAAAUUAUAAUCAUAAUUAAUUUAGUUUAUUGCAUUAGCGAAUUUAGCAAAUUCAACAGUGUAGGUGCAAUAGCCGACGUUAUAGUAGGUUUCUUCACAAUAUAUUCAUAUUGUGUUCAAAUUUGACUAAGGAUCAUUUACGAAAAUGCAUAAAGCUUUUAUCUAAUUUGAAUUUCAUUCACUAAUAGAAGUUUUUGUGAGAAAAUAUGCAAAUUUAUUUAAUAAAACCAAUAAGAAAUCUUACAUUGAUCACUGCUAAUGAAAUUUUAAUUGAAUUAAAUAAAAUUUUUAUUAAAUUAUUGGCGUUUAACGCAUUUUUAGUGCAAAAAAUCAUAAUUUUAUUUAGUUUACCUAAUUUUUUUUAAGUAAAAUUAAUUUAAAUAUUAGAAUAACGUUUGUUAAUCAGUAAUUGAUUGCCUACUCUCUGGGAACACUAUAAUUUUCAAUAUUUUCAAAAAGUUUAAUGAAUAUUUUAUAAAAUAGAUUUUAAUUUUCUUCUAUUUCCUUCUCCGUCCAAUAUACAUUUAUAAUCUUUCUUAAGUCUUUUGAAAAAUUUUUUUAAAAAUUAUAAUUUUAAUUAAACAAAAGAAAAACCUUUGAUAAAACUUUAUAACAAAAAUUAUAUAAUCAUAAUUUUUUAUUCUUAUUAACUCAAAAAAUAUUGUAAAAUAUGUCAAUUGAUUAAUAGUUAUAAGCUUACAGGAAAAAAUUCUAUAUUUUAAAUUAAUAAAAAUAUUUUAUUGCUCUUCCCAAAUUUACUAAAUUUUUACAAGAAAAAUCCAAAUGUAACUUACCGUAUCCAAUCUUUACCAAUUGAUUGAAAUCAAUAUUAAUGAAAGAGUAAUGAAAGUAUGAAAAAAAAAAUAAUAUUUAAGAUAAGGACAAUAGAUAAAAAUUAUUGAAAAUUAAAUAAAAAUUAAUUUAUUUUCUUUUUUUUUUUCUUAAUACAACAUAUUGUAUUAUUUGGCCUUAUUGAAUUUGCAAUUAAUAAAAAACAAUAUUUAAGUAAUGAAAAUGUAACUAUGAAAAUAAUAAAUUGAUUUUUGUUUAAUUCUCUAAUUUAUCUAAGCCUGAUAAUUUUAUAUAAUUUUUUAUUUACAUUUUUUUUUUUUUUUGCAUAUAUGUACAUAAAAUUAUCCAAUGCCUUUUUAUAUCCAAAAAUCAAAAAAUAUAAUUAAAUCUUUUAUACAAUAAUAAAACCGUAUACUCUACAACGA